AUGAACGACGGAAAUUUUGCUAACAUUGUUAAUGAUGGACAUGUGGUUGAAAAUCCCCAAUACUCACCUGGGCCAUUCAAAAUAGCAAAGCCUUCAACGUUGAUUCUAGAGAACGUUACUAUUCAGCACAAUGGAACAUACAGAUUUCUUGUUGUCGCAAUGGGUCAAAUCUAUACAUCUGAAGUUACUGUGUUUGUUGCGGGCAAGUGUCGUUUGUAUAUGAUGCUACACCUUUUACCCUAGCUACUUUUUCAGGCAUUGACAAAUUUCCUUAUUGUGAUUGGUUCAAACAAGUAGAGAAGUGUGUGGAUAAUGUGUGACUGAUUUGAUUGACUGUUGCAAAACAAAAAGGCGUAUUAUAUGCGUGUUGUUGAAGGUUCUUGUAACGGGAGUAACUCCAAAAAAUACAUUUUCUAUACUACACAUCAUACAUUAGAAAAGAACAAAACAUGGAAAACAUUACAAAUAGAAAUCCAAGUUGAAAGGGUUGCCAAAAAGAAAUCAUGAACAGCUGCAUGCAAAAAUUGCUCCAAACUGUAAUACUACACCCGUUUUCAAAAUUACGCGACCUCCCUGAAAAAUACUCUUACUUCAACAGGCUAUGUUUACAUUGUAUCGGAUCACUUUGCAUCCGAAGCAAAAACCAUACCGGAUAGGGCUUCUGUUUACAUAUGAAAUGUUGUUAUCGUCUCAAUUUUUGCAACGAACCGGUGGUGCGGCGGUUCGCUCUUCGAAGUUGUGCGCGGUGUAUCGGAUCGGUUUUUGCAACGCUCUCAUUGCAAUGUAAACAGCAAUCGGAGCAAUUUUCGAUCAAUGCGUGAUUCAAGAUGGCAUCUGGGAAACAAAGACUUGCUUUUCUAAUUUUUUGCGGGUAUAGCAUGUUCACUUAUUUAAAUGAUGUCUAUAAUAUUUUUGUAUUUAGCCUGUUUACACUUGGGCCGUAACGUUUCGUGAACGAAGCAAAAACCGAUCCGAUACAAUGUAAACAUAGCCCAAAUGUCAGUUUUAUGUCACAAAAACUGCUAAAUUAAACCGUAUUUAAUACCAAAACUGCACAAAAAUGAGUUAGUUAGAUAACUUAGAUAUACAAACUAAAGCACAAUACAAACCAUCACAACAGAAAUAUGUGCCGUGAAUAACUUUUAAAGCUUGAAAAAUAACAAUUUAUCCUGGAAUUUAGCUGUCAGUAUAAAACACGCGCGCUAAACUAUAACGGUGAUGUUAUGAAUGAUUUUGUUGUGCUUAAAUUUUGCAAUAAUUCUCGCUAAAAUAUCUUGAAAAUCAUUGUAAGCCUGUUUAUAUAAAGCAUACAAAGCAUAUACAUCGACAAGGAACCGCAAAACUCAAAGUUUAAACUUCGUGACCGAAUGACAUAAACAGUUUUAUACACAUGUCAACUCUAGCAUUUUCGUCCUUGGCCGCGUAAUUUUGAAAACGGGUGUAAGUACAGAAUACUGACAGCGGUGUGGGAAUUAAUGAUUUUCUUACUGAUUCCGACAAUAAGUAUAAUAUAUAGAACACACGAGAGGAGGGGGCUGCACUACUUAAAGAUCGAGGACAGGAGACCAUGCCUCCCCCCCCCCGCGUUGAAUAAAUUUUGAUGACGACAAAAAAUUGGGAUUGGUCGGGCAAAGGGCUAUAGUCGAAAUUUAAUCGAAAAUCAUCUCAAAAUCCUUUAAUUUAUGUUUGGUGCAUGCAAGUAGUGAAAACGCAUUUCGAAAAACCUACAGCAUAUGGCUUCAUUACAUUUCAGUUGCGCCAACUGUGACAAUCAAUUGUUCCAGCAUCGUCAGAGUAAAUGAAGGUGAUGGCUUUGCGUGUGUAUGUAGAGGUGAAGGUGGAAACCCUCCAGCCAAUGUAACUUGGUAUAAAGAUGGCGACCCCAUUGGUGGAACAGGAAACAAAGAACAGACAUUAACUCUCAGGAAUGUUCAUGGAACAGACACUGGAACAUACAAGUGUGUGGCCCAAAUUCACACUCUAACUGAUGAAAAAUUAGUUGAAGGAAAAGUAAUACUUGAUUGUAAGUAUUGUUGUAAAAAUGAGCGUGUUUCCAUGCAAAUAUUUGAACUGGUGCAUGCAUGGCGUAUGCACAUAUAUGCAAAUUUAUAAACUGUAAAAAGGACGUGCAUGUUUGAACUAGUGCUGCGCAUGUUUUGAAGUGAAGGUUAUUAUAUAAUAACAAUUGCCGAAACCAUAUACUUUAUACUAUUUUGUUUUCUGCAGUUCCACCAGAAGAGCCAUACUUUAAGGAAAAAGCGAUUGUUGGUAAAACUUUUGCCAUAACAUGUGAAUGCAGUGGUCAUAGUACCAAGUUAUACUAUAAUCCAUAA